AUGUCACUGGUCAGACUGCUGAGAGCUUGCAAGUUGGCACAAAGUGGAGAGUAUUCGGAGGUGCAGCGCUUCUAUCAAGAUGAAGUAAUCUUUGUCACAGGUGCGACUGGUUUCAUUGGAAAGGUUCUCCUUGAAAAAUUACUGCGGUCAUGCCCAGGAAUCAAGCGGAUUUACCUGUUGAUCCGCCCAAAAAGGGAUGUUAGCCCAGCAGGAAGGUUGGAAUUCAUCUUAAGAUUAGCGUGUUUUGAGCGGUUGCGCCAAGAAUAUCCGUCAAGUUUAAACAAGCUAUCGGUCGUCGAAGGAGACGUGAGGGAAGAAAAAUUGGGCUUGAAAUCCAGUGACUACGAGCUCCUGGCUUCAGAGGUGUCCAUUGUAUUUCACGCUGCGGCAACUGUGCGGUUCAACGACUCCCUAAGAAACGCUGUGAACAUUAACAUGGAAGGCACUAAAAGUGUGCUGGAUCUUUGCCACAACAUCAAAAAUUUGAAGGCCGUUGUGCAUAUAUCGACAGCAUUCGUCAACAGCGAUCUCGACGUCCUGGAGGAACGAGUGUACCCUCCGACGGUAAAGCCAGAUGACAUCAUUUCGCUCACAAAAACACUGAGCGAGGUCGAUCUCGUUAAAACAACACCGGAGCUGCUCGGAGGCAAACCCAACACCUACGUCCUCACCAAGACUCUGGCUGAGGCCAUCAUUGCAGAUCAAGGCCGAGGCCUUCCGUUGGUCAUCGUCCGGCCUUCCAUUGUGUCUGCGUCAUGGAAAGAUCCAUUUCCGGCACUGUUAGGUGUGAUGAAAGCCGUCAUUGCGGACAAAACUGCAGUCAUGGACCUCAUUCCAGUAGAUGUCGUGGCCAAUGUGCUCAUUUUAGCAGCCUGCCAAGCACCACAAGACGAGAGUUGA